AUCCGUAAACUUCACGCUUUCUCCAAUUCCUUUCAUCGUCCAACUGGAUCUCUGCAACAGAUCUAUUUAUGAUCGCCUUGUUCUACAUUAAUACGAUUUGUGCACACCGGGACACGUCAAUUGAAAACCAUCUGAACAGCCGCGUAUGCGAGUGGUGUUAUUAGCAGUCGCGUACCUUAUGCUCUGCGAUGGCGUAACUUGUCGAUCCCUAGCACAUGAACGAUCCCUACAUCGUAGACAUGAGCUUCAUCGUAAACAUAGUCAUAUAAACGAUGUAGUGGACACAACAACUACACCAUCAAUGGAGCCAUCCUCUACCAACCCUAUCGACCCUGACUCAACUUCAAGUGAUGCUUACGACAUCAUGAUUGCACAAAUUAUCUCACAACUUUACUCCAACUAUACCUCAGACAUGACACCUUUAAACGUAACUGCACAGCCAGAUACUCUUCCGUUUGAGAACUCAACCUUAGUCUCAGAGUUAGCAAAUUCUACACAAACUUCAACUCACACAAAGACAGCAAGCCACCAUCAUACGCCUCAUAACACUGCUACGCGUCGACCUUCCAAGCAUGCAGUUGAACAUCAUUCGGCAACGAACACCAUAUCCACGCUUGCUGAGCAAGAAACGGAUUGGCCAGAUAGACAAUCGGCCCAUCCCCAUAAAUCACACAAACCACCAGACACUAAGAAAGACGACGAUGACGAUGACGAUGACGAUGGCGAUGACGACGACGAGGACGACAGCAGCGAUGAUGGCAGUAACAUAGCAGUAGCGCAUAUUAUUACCCCAUCUGUUACAGUCUCAGCAAGACCUAGCGUGACGGCCAAUUUGGAGAGCCCUACCAGUACACAGGCGGAAAGCGAAGCUGUCCGAGCAGAAAGAGCCAACAAGAUCAUAGGUAUUGUCGUUGGGCUUGGUUGUGUUGUGAUCGGCGCUGCUGGACUUGCUGGAAUCAUCAUAAUCCGUAAACGAGAGAAAGCAAGACAAAUCGUGCUGGACGACCCAGAUGUACAAACCCGCUGGCGACCACAAUCCUUUCUCGCUGUCGUUACUACCGCUGUCACUCGUGCUCAACAAAGUUGCCAUAGGGAAAACAGUAUCAAAAGCAAUGGGUCCUCUGAAAGUAAAUAUGGACAGGGGCAAACAAGGCCACAAAGUCCCAUUGCUGUAUGAUAUAAAGCCCUUAGAAAAACUUUGAGCGUGUUUCAGUAAAUUUCGUUAGUCAAUACAUUGUUCCAAGUUCAUUUUCCCUUCAGUGUAUCAGUUAUGUUUUAUCUAGCGACGCUCUUUUUAUUGUUUAGAAACAUAAAGAAGCGUGUUAGAUGAAGGAGAUAUUAAUAUUCAUUCCAAUAAAACACUGGCAAUCAAGUCUAUUCCAACACACGCCUCACUGGGGUCGAUCUAGCUGGCUGUACGGCGGUUAUAACUUCAAUACAUUAUGCUUGAGAAGUGAAAAGGGGAACAAGCGCUUUUUUGGUGACCUUGCCCAUAGCAUUCUUGGGAAGCUCGUCCAUGGUCUUCAAAAGGGUAGGCACCUUGUAGAAGGCGAUCUUGGGUUUGAGAGUAGCUCUCAUAGUUUGCAGAUCAAGUUCCUGUCAUUUGUGAUUAGUUGCUAUCCUAUAUUAACUAUCAAUU